AUGCUUUUUGGUCUCGGCUUGUUCUGUAUGAUUGCAGCCAUCGUUCGUGUCGUUCUCAUUUUCAAGCUUCAGCGCCAUGGUGACGGAGCCCUAUGGUCAAUCCGUGAAGAUUUCGUCGCCGUCAUUGUCGGUCAGGCACCCCUCGUGUAUCCAAUCACCAAGCCCCGAUUCUGGAAGAGCAUCUUCGGCAACGAACGAUACGAGGAUACAAGCGAGCACAGUCAACAAUACAAAGACAGCAAGGCAUCAUCGAAACGAAAGCCCAAGGAUCCCUACAUGAUUACCCAGACAGAACUCACUAUGGUGGACAAGUCAGAAAGCACAGAGGAGAUCAUGAAGGUUGAAGAAGGAAAGAUGGACGGCGGCAUCCUCGUGCAGAGGACUUACAAUGUGGAUGUUGAAAGCUCGAGAUCGGAGUCGGGUCACGAAGAUAAGAAAUACCCAGGUCAGGCGUUUUAA